CAAAUGCUACUGUCAAGUCCUGUAUCUGUGAUUGAAUGUUGCACAAAGUGAUGCAGCUCCUGGAAAAAAUAUUCAUUUUUUAAAUCGUUUGUGCUUUUUGUUUUGAAAUGUUUCCACAUUAAUUUUAAAUGUAUAAUACACAAUGAAUGAAUGUUAUGGUCGUUGAACAACUUAACCAUCGAUAGAUAUUGUCAAUUCACUGUUAAACAAACGAUAAAUAUUUUGUCAAUUUUCCACGAAUUCUGGAGCCUAGUACGCAAUUCGUUUUGAAAGGACCGUGCAAGGUUAUUGAAGAAAUAUCAUUGAAAUUAUGGCUGCUGAUGUUGGAACAAAUAAUUUGGCCUUAGAAUAUCGAAAAAUAACCGCAGAGGAACAACAGCAAGAAUUUUGCAGUUAUCUUGGAUUCCAGUCGGAAACUAUCAUCUGGGAUGAAUAUGAUCCGGAAACCGAUCCAGACAGCCAGAGUCUUUUGUUGAAGAAAAUCAAUUUAAUUUUUGGAGAUGAAGUAGACGACGCAAUUGUAAGUGGCGAAAACAGUGCCGCAACUACACCGGACAGUGAGACUAGUUCUACCACUGGCGAAAAUAGUUCAACUGAUGCCGAUGUAAAAGCUGCUAGAAAAAAGGCGGCCAGAAACGAACGAUUUAAGAAAAUGAAGGAGAAACUGGCGGAUGCUAUUUGGAACCAAAAAAAGUACAACAAGGACACAUUGCUUAUGUCGCCGAUAUUUGUUGCAUUAGUAACAGACUAUGAGCAGUACCAGAAAGAUUUGAGCUGGUGUAAGUACUCGCUAGAAUACUCCCUACAUCCCGUUUUUCGGAUCAUGAAAUGUCGCAAAAACGGGGAAUCACACGGUUGCUGCAUGAUAUUCGUCGACGAACAUGCGAGAGUGUAUCAAAACUGGGAAGAGUUUAAAACGAACAACGACUAUACUGCUGGCUACAUAGUCGCACCAUCACUCGGUGUUUACAAUACGAAUGGUGACAUAGAUUCGGAUAAUUUCAAUCGCGUCCAGUUGGAAGUGUUUCCAUCCAGCUGUGUCACAACAGCCAGUAAAUUGGCUGCCACUGCAGAUACUGUGUCAACAGUUGGAGGUCUUGCAGCAACCGGUAUUACUAUAGCGUCCGUAGCGGCCGUUCCAAUGCUUCCAAUUGUCGCUACCGGUGCAUUAAUAACAGGAUUGGGCUGUGCAGCGUAUUCUGUCGGAAGGAGCACAUUCAAAUUGGUGGACCGGUCCAAACACGAACAAACUAUUAACGUAGCCGACAACGAAGCCAGAUCGCACUGGUUUGGAUUAGUGGCCGGUGCUGUAGGAUUAAGUGCUGGCGCUGCGACAAAGGGAUUAGCAUCAGCCGCCAGCAGAGGUUCGAACAUAUCAAAGGUGGUUACUGGUUCGGUUAAUAUGUUAAACGGUGCUGCGAUUCUAAUGAAUGGCGUUGGUACUUUGAACGGAGUCUACGCUAUUUUUUUGAAGAAAAAAGACGGCGAAGACAUCACCAUGUUGGAAAUCGUACAACUGAGCUCCUCUCUUUUCAUAUUCACUCAUUCGGUGUACAAUUUCCAAACAGCGAACAACAUUGUUAAGUCAGCACAAAAAUCCACCAUCGGUGAAUACCGACGUGGUCUUAGUCGGAAUCAGCAAAAAGCGUUCGACAAACUAGUCAAGGAAACAAUUCGACAGAAGGGUGUGGACGCCGGCCAUGUCGAUGUCAUCCGAUCGUUGCGUAACAUAAAAGAACCGAAACAAUUUUUCGGCGACGCAUACAAAGUGAACAAAGAGUUGAACAAGAACAACAUCCGAAUGUCACUGAAUGGCGACGGUGAAAUUCUAUUGAAUGAUGGAGUUGCCACAACUCCAACAGAACUUCGAAACAACUUAAAACAGCAAUCCAGCGAAAAUGUAUUCGCCAAUUUGCCAACGAUACCAGAUAGUCAUCCAGCAGCUGGUAAGAUUAGUUUCAACGAAAUGAGAAGUGUCGCGCCAUCAGUGACCAGAGACCAUGUUAUGCUGGUGGUAAAGGGACUGUUUCAAUUGGGCACAUUCAUCAAUGACAAGGAAGAUUUGGAGUCAUCAUUAAUCGACUUUGGCGAACGGGUCACCCUUUUCGUUUUCGAUUCGUUCGUUGAUUUUAUGAAAUCGUAUUUUGCUGAAAAUAGUCAACGAAUCGGUGGAUACUUAAAUGUGGCGAUACCAUUUGAGGAUGUGCUAUCAGUUGCGUUGAACAUUGUUCGGAAAUUAUGCGACGAUAACGGCGUCGAUUUGGAAAGUUAUAUGGAGCGGAUCGAUUGGAAUUUCCUUCGAUUGCAGAUCAACGAAUUUUAUGAAAAUUUGAGGGAUCGUCAGCGCAGACGCGGUGCACCAACCGAACGAUGCAAAAUCUGUUCGGGAUCGUACUAUGUUUAAUGCUAAAAUACUAAUCCACGCACCAAUUUUCCCCGCCCAAAACAAUCCCAAAACUCAGAUUAUAGAGUGCACAAAAUGAAAAAAAAAAAAAAAAUUUUGUUAGAUGAACAUAAUAAUCGGCUAACACUAAUUUAUCAUAAACAUAUCACGAUGUAAAUCAGUGCCUUAGGUUAUUGUUUUUUGCACACAUUAGCCAAAAAAUAAUAAAACGCCAAAUUUUAUUGAUAUAAGCCAAAAAAAAAUUGCAGAAGGUGAAAACACCGUAUAGUAGAAAAAUGAGCACAGCUCUGAACGAAAUUAUGUACCUAGAGAUAUUCAGAAGAAUAAAACGAAGAAAAAAGUUCCACUCACUUCGUAGAAGUAUGAGAAUUAUAUUUUUUAUUAGAUUUAGAUUAACCAAAAUACUAAUUGUUGUUCCAAUGUAAAGAAAAUGUCUUCGUGACAAUAAAAUAGCAAAUUCCAUUA